AUAUCUGAUGAAAAAUGGCCGCUGACUGGCUGAAUCCUAGCGUGAUCGUGAAGGAAAAAGAAAAGUUAACAGAUGAGAAAGACGAGCUGUUUGUGUUUGGAUAUGCAUGUAAACUGUUUCGGGAUGACGAAAAGGCAUUAUCUAUCGACCGGGAAUCUCACCUGAUUCCAUGGAUGGGAGACGAUAAACUACUGAUAGACAGGUAUGACGGGCGGGGUCACUUGUAUGACCUUAAGCCAUACGACUCUAGUCAUGCCAAACCCUGUCAACUUUCAACGGAGGAGAAAAAAUUGGAAGAGCUCUGUGACGAAGAGAGGUAUUUGGAGCUUCACACAGAUGUGGCUGAAAAGAAAUUAUAUGAAGAGGAGGAAUGGAAGCGGUAUUACCAGUCUCUUUCUGAAGGUUACGGAGCAGUAGGAUUUACCUAUGAAUACCCACAACAGGAGGAAUAUGCUGACUACUACCAAGCUGUAUCAGAAGAGGAAAAGCCAUUCACUGUUCCGCAGGAGUUGAACCUUCCCAGUGAUAUUACACCACCUGACACAGAAAAAGCCAAUGCCAUCAUUGAGAAAACAGCUAAAUUUGUCGCUAAACAAGGAGCACAGAUGGAAAUCUUAAUCAAAACCAAACAAGCCAACAAUCCACAGUUUGAUUUUCUUCACUUUGAAAACCCAUUAAACUUAUACUACAAGCAUAUGGUGAAGAUGAUCAAGUCUGGGAAAUACAAACCAAAGGAGGCAGCUGACACUGAAGAUGAAGAUGAAGAUGAUGAUGACGGUCAUGGACAUGGAUAUCUCCAUCCCAGUUUAAUGACUACAAGGAAAGCCUCUCCCGCUCCAGAGGUACCGGCCUACAAACUUGUGGAGAUGCCCAAAGUCUCUGUACAUGACACGCCAUAUGGUCAGCUAAUCAAAUCACUGGUAAAAAAACAACCAGAGCUAAAUCAGAGUGUAAGUCAAGUUCCUGAUUAUCAAGAAGAUGUAAAGCCAUUGAAGCCACCACCAUUACCACCAUUUUAUCAGGACUCGGUGUACAGUGGGGGUCACCAUGCACAUCCUCCACCCCCAGGCAUAGAGCCAGUGACCCUUCCCACACACUUGCAGACUGAGCCUCCACCUCCUGGAACUGAUAUUGAGGACCCAAUACUACCUCACAGUCAGACACAGGUCAUUAUGGAUCAGUCACAAUCACAUUCCAGAGCUUCUCCAGGUCCUUUUGAUCACAUUGUCCCUCCCCCUCCAGAUAUACAACCUGUGAUUGACAGAAUGGCAAUGUAUGUGGCUAAAAAUGGAAUUGAAUUUGAGAUAGUUGUCAAGAGCAAGAAUGAUCCCCGAUUUCAGUUCUUGUUACCACAUCAUGUCCACUUUCCAUAUUAUGAUUUCAAAAAGCAGAUUCAUAUGAGGGAGGCAGCAAAAGAUAGAGAGAAGAAAGAUGUAGAGAAGCCCACCAAACUCAGCUUUUCUAUCAAACCCAAAGUGAAGGAAAAAGAAAAUAAACACAAAGAAAAAAGGAAAAAGAAAGUGUUUGAUAAUGAAAGCAGUGAUAAUGAUGCUGAUUCAGACAGAGAAAAGUCUAGUGCCUCAGGGACAUCAACACCAGUGAGCAGUGAAUAUAUGGAGGAAAAGGUAGAGAAACCCCCAAUUCCUCAGGAGGAAAGGGACAGAAGGAUAGCUGAGGAAAGACUUAAGGACAAAUUAGCUCAUGCUGCCAGAGAGAAACUCGUUCAGACCUCCAGAGAGAAACAAAUGCAAGCAGAAAGAAAACGAAAAGCUGCCAUGUUCAUUAACAUGUUACGAUCUUGUAAUGCUGGAGGAGCUGGUGAUGAGGAAAAAAUGGAUGAAGAAUUACCUAGUGCCAAAGUAUCAGAAAAAUCAACCCCUGUCCCCACCCCAGGGUGUAGUCCUUACUAUGGGCCAUUGGAAAAAAGCAAGAGUGAAGAUGUCGAUCCAAAACGGCCCAAGAAAUCCAGACACAAGGACAGAUCCAGCAGGAGAUCUAGGUCAAAGUCUCCGAAGAAGAGGAAAAAAAGUAGAUCAUGUAGCCCCCAACGGAAACAAAAUAAGUCCAGAUCUCAAUCUCCUUCCUCAUCUCAACAGAGGUCGAGGUCACCAUCAAGUAGAGGCAGUCAUCGAGAUAGACAUUCUAGUUCCAAAAAGUCCAAGAAGAAACGAAAAUCAAGGGCAUCGUCCAGGUCUCCAAAACCAAAACAGAAGCCUGAGAUGCCGGUCAGUAUAGACUUGACGGUGGAUGAAAGUCCUGAACUACCCAGCAUAUCAAAUGGAGAAGACUCUUCCUACAGUAUAUGGCAAUACAAUGUGGACAGUAACCAAAAGGUGACUGAACAAGGCGAGGUCUCUUCAGACAGAUUAACACCCAGCUUAGAGACAGAGGAUAGUAAUAGCAAUGCAAGUGACUCCAGAUCUGUUUCUAGUUACAUGAGGGAAAGAGUGAGGGCCAUUAUCAAAGCCAGCAGGAAAGCCAUCAUGGAGGAAGAAGGACCCCUGUAUGAUGAUACAUGAUGUUCAGUUGAAUUAGCAGAUUCAUUUUAAGGAGAGAGAGAUCUCAUACAUGUGAUGACAAUUGAAAGAUCUUUGUGCAUUUCUCAUCAAGGGGACUGAACUAUAACAUAGUUAUGUUAAUUUCAUUGUGAUUACAUGUGUAUCAGAUAAAAAGUAUGACCUGUCCAUAUAGACUUUUAUAUUGAUUAUAUUCAUCAACAGAAAUGAUGAAUAAAUACAUGGAUGUGUAAAUUGAAAAUAUAGUUGUUUGAAUUCAUGAUCAGCUUAGGUCAGUCUUCUGACUAGCUCUGUUGUGUAAUGAUCGUAUUGUUGAAUGUCAAUAGUAGACAAGGAGGCACUGCAGGUACAAUACAUCUCAUAUUAAUGCCAUCUUUACAUUCAUUUAUAACUAUACUGCUGUUAUAUGCCCUUCAUAGACGGGUCAUAAUAAAGUAUGGUAGAGUGUC